UCGGUGCCAAUGCCAUCCUGGGAGUGUCCCUGGCUGUCUGCAAAGCUGGUGCUGCAGAAAAGGGGGUGCCCCUCUACCGCCACAUUGCUGACUUGGCUGGCAACGCUGAAGUCAUCCUGCCAGUCCCAGCUUUCAAUGUGAUCAACGGCGGGUCUCACGCUGGCAACAAGCUGGCCAUGCAGGAGUUCAUGAUCCUCCCUGUGGGGGCGUCCAGUUUCCGCGAAGCCAUGCGCAUUGGGGCAGAGGUUUAUCACAACCUGAAGAAUGUCAUCAAGGAGAAAUAUGGGAAGGAUGCCACCAAUGUGGGUGACGAGGGAGGGUUUGCGCCUAACAUCCUGGAGAACAAAGAAGCUCUGGAGCUGCUGAAGAACGCAAUUGGAAAGGCUGGCUACACUGAACAGGUUGUCAUCGGCAUGGACGUGGCCGCCUCUGAGUUCUUCAGGUCCGGGAAGUACGACCUGGACUUCAAGUCUCCUGAUGACGCCAGCAGGUACAUCACCCCUGACCAGCUGGCUGACCUGUACAAGUCCUUC